AUGCCGUCAACCAUCUCUGAGCCUGUGAAGAGCUUCAAAGUACCUCUUCCUUCGCCAAGUAGGGUGAAGUCUGCCUUGCCUCUGGAUGAAUCAACAAAAAGACAUGUAGAAAUCAGUCGAGAUGCUAUUCGCAACCUUAUGUCACACCAAGCUAUCGAUGACCGCCUGAUGGUAGUUGUCGGACCGUGUAGUAUUCAUGACACGAACGCCGCCCUCGAGUAUGCCUCUCUGCUUGCCCAAGCGGCCGAACGACAUCGGCGUGAGCUUGUCGUAGUCAUGCGUGUUUAUAUCGAGAAACCAAGAUCAACUGUUGGAUGGAAAGGGUUGAUCCAUGACCCGGACUAUGCACAAGAUCUCGAGAAUUCGAACAACAGCUCCGCCCCAGAUCUGUCUAAGGGCGUGUCCACGGCACGCAAGGUCAUGCUCGAAGUUGCAAAGAUGGGUCUCCCAGUUGCCACUGAGCUCCUGAACCCACUUCUUGUGUACUUCUUGGACGAUAUAGUAUCCCUUGGUGUCAUUGGCGCUCGCACCACUGAGAGUCAAACUCACCGUGAGAUGGCUAGUGAUAUGCCCAUGCCAAUGGGAAUUAAGAAUGGCACUGAUGGUGGGCUCAAAGUCGCUAUUGAUGCCAUGAAAGCUGCGUCUCGUCCACACACUGUGGUUGGUGUUGAUGAAGACGCUGGUCUAGCGUAUCAUAUAAGUCGCGGAAACCCUGAUACCUUUGUAAUCCUUCGAGGAGGCAGCCAAGGGCCCAACUUCAGUCCCGAGCAUAUUCAAGCUGCUGAAGCGGAACUCAUCCGUGCAGGAAAGAAGCCUGCCAUUGUUGUCGACUGCAGCCAUGGUAACUCAUCUAAAGACUAUCGCAAUCAAGGGUCUGUUGCUGCCUGUCUUGCCGGUCAAAUCGCUGUCGGUGCCCCUAUCAUGGGAGUCAUGAUUGAGAGUAACAUCAAUGAAGGUCGACAAGACGUACCAGAUAAAGGAUCCAAAGGAUGCUUGAAGUAUGGUGUCAGUAUUACCGAUGGUUGUGUAGGAUGGAAUGAAACGGAAUCAAUUUUGGAAACCCUGGCAGCUGCCGUACGCCAGCGACAAGAGGCCUCCACUGCAUCCUCGCCUGUGGAGGAAUCACUUCCUACGAUAAUGGUUGGACAGUCUCCAGGAGACGAAAAACAUACAGUGCAGGAGCAUGCAGUGGAAGUUUUUGUUUGA